AACUGGAAAGAACUGGAAAGCAUUGGCGACUUACUGCCACUAGAGGCGGAAGCCCUUUAAGCGGAAGCUUCUUAUAUUUCAUCCAGAACCAUUUUGAACCAUUUAACUAUUUUCUUUAUUAGCAAUUUAAAGCGGUAAAAGUUAAAUAAGAAGGUCAUCAGCUGCAAGCGUAUUUAGCUAUGAGAAAUGAUUUUUUGGAUAAUACCAAUUUUGUGGGUGACUGCGUAUGUUUAUUUCUAUAUUAAAGCCAAGUGUGAUGAUCCAGCGAUGACUAGGGUUAUGAUUGUCUUAGGAUCUGGUAAUGUUUAUUUAUACUUUAUGUUAGGUGGACACACUGCUGAAAUGCUGUCAUAUACUUCUGUAUUGGCUUGUAAAUAUCAGCCACGUUUAUACGUCAUCGCGGCGACUGACUCUAUGAGUGAACAGAAGGUCUUGGAUUUAGAGAACAAGUGUGCUACUAAAUUCAACAUAAAGCGCAUACCAAGGGCUCGAGAAGUAAAACAGUCAUAUGCCAGCAGCAUCUUCAGUACCUUAGUGUCUUGUUUAUUUGCGUUCCCCAUCGUCACUAUUUUUAGGGCGAAAUUGGUGAGCUACGGAAACUUUUAUUAACAUUUACACAUAAUGGUCAAUAUAGAAUGAUAGUUUAACAAAGCGCUAGAGCGAGAUCCUUACCACUAGAGUAACUUAUUCUUUGGUAUAACUAUUUGUUACCGGAAAGGAUCGAGAACAUGUACUUAUCAAGUUCCUAGGUCAUUGAUUUGCCAUGAGUAGCUACAGUGCUUACCACGUUUAGCGUAAAUUAAUAUGCUUUUGCCGAAAGGCACCUUUAAUCAUUGCUUAAAGUGUGGUGUUGUACUUAACGCCACAUCUAUUCACUUCAUACCUCGCAAAUUUACAGCUUUUUGUGUAAUGUCUAUCUUAUAAACACCACUUAUUAGUUGUUUCACCUUAGAUAUGAUGGUGCUCAAAAAAUGACUUGACCGUGUUUCCAAAUCAACACACAGAAACUUUGGAAAGACAAGUGUAAACAUCCAAUAAAAAGAGCCAUUGAUUUUGUAUGAAGGAUAAAUGUUUGCAGAGACAUCUAAUUGCUACUUUAUUCUAGGGUGUUUGUAUAAGAUUAAAAACAGUUUUUCGUGCUGCAAAUGACUAAGAAUACUGUCCAAGCGAAUUCGUAAGCUCCUUUGAAGUUUAGAGUUGACAUAAAUUGUUUAAAAGCUCGAUGUGUGUAAACUGUUUCAUCUCUUCUACUUUUGACAUUUUUAUCCCCCCUCAUAAAUUUUCAGUAAACAGAUGUUUAUCAUCGUAAUUUUGUUGACUAAAUUCUUCAAUAUUAGUACUCCAGUCAACACUAUGUGGAAUCCUUUUUUUUAGUAGCUCAGUAAAGAAAUUCCGCUAUGUCUUUUGUAGUAGAUUAAAAAAUUCGACUACCAAAUGUUCGUUUAGCAAUGUUUGACACUUAGUUUUCUACAUUUUAGUCGUUUAGUAAAAAGCGCUAUUGUAUCCGGUUAAUUAAAAAAAAACCAAAAUGAAUAAUGUAGUUGGAUUUUUGAUUGUGCUCAACAGAUCUCAGCCACCCUGCUCUCUUGUCUCACCAUAAUCGAGCAACGAAUUAAAGAUAGAUGUGACUGAUGGAUGACAACCUAUAUAUCAGAUUUACAGGGAAGCCAAAUUACCAUGGGCAAUCUAGUGUACAUCCAUCAAUGAAUAAUGAGUAAUCCGAUUUUCGAUUUUGUAAACUGUUGAUAUAAGCUAAUACGUUCAGUCAGAUAUUACUCAAUGUUAUAAAAUUUUGUUAUCAGUUCUUUCGUACUAUUCUGUCUUUUGUUCACUGAUUCCGGUGUACGAAGACCUCUAGUAUCGAAUUUUUCAGCGUAUAUAUCCUCUUCAAACUGGUACUUUCCGUUGUAUAUGUUUUUAUUGUUUAUAAGACUAUUAUCAACUCAUUUAUGCACUCAACCCUAAUACAAUCCAUAUCUCACGUAGAUUUUGUGUAAUGGUCCUGGGACAUGUAUCCCCAUAUGCUUCGUGGCUAUUUUACUUCACGUAAGAUAAAUAUAAUGAUUUAAUGUAUUAUCAGUUAAUAAUUAUGACACGUCUUAAUGAAAUUCAUAUUUCAUGUCUCUGAUUGUCGUAUUACAUCCAGUACUUGAGCUUACUUCCCAUCCAUGUACUUUGGGUUUUUAUAUUAAAUCAAAAAAGUUUGACUAUUACAAGUAACUUUAAAUCACUUUAAUGAUUGUCUGUAACAUACAAUUGUUAUUUCUUGGAUCUCUACGUUAUUAUCCACUGUAAUGAUUUGUAGUGUUGAUGAUUACAGUAAAUGGUUCUGAGUACCUUACAAAAAUACCCGUAUCACGCGGAUCUGAUCAUCUUGAUAACUAGUUUAAACAACCUUCAUAGCCCUGUUACUACUUUCCUCCAAAUGUCUUGGUAUGGCCGACGGUGAGAAGAGUCCUCCUUCUCUCUCAAAAUACUCUCACAUGGCCACGCGUAUACAGCCACUACCAGUAAAGUCCUACUCACUGCCUUCUCGCGUCAGGGGUGUUGUUUACGAAAUUGAGAGGAUGAAAAGCUAAUGUCCGGCGUUUUAACCUGGUUAGUCGAUAUGGAAGAUCCACCUAGGAGAGUUGGGAAAUCUUGAUUCCAAACCAAUGGUGCACAUGAGCUCCAUGGUCCUGAGAGAACAAGGGGUGUUUGAACCUAUUGUUAGUCACUGGCUCCCAUGGGACUGCAUCUCCUGACGUUGUUCCACCGCCUUUUGGAUUAGGCCUCUAGGUGAAAGGCUCAAGGAGUGGCCCCCUAAGAAGACUAUGUGCUUCAGUUUGGGUACGUGAGCAAUAUUCCAGCCCUCACACAAAUCGAAUGACAAAAUGUGGCGCAUACAUAUUCGGUGCCCCCUUGUACUAAUGUCUAUGCGUUUAAAUAAAUGAAUAAACUGUCGCGGGUUUGGUUAUUCAAAAUAAUGGAGCUUAAUCAAGUGAUAUAACAGUCCCAGGCAUUUGACAAGAUGUUACUGUGUAAAACCUAAUCAUUCACGAGCAACAAACCUCUACUCUUUUGAAAUAAGAAAUAUUUAGUUUCUACCAAGUUUUUCUCAUAAAACCUAGUUAACUAGUACAGUGUUCUUGUUCGUGUGCAUUCUAAUUACUUUUGAUGUUGGCAUGUCAUCCUUUAAACAAGGGAUGUGGUCUUCAAGAGGAGGACAUUAUGCGCUCUUGUUUUCCUAAUUUUUGCACUUUCACCCUACUGUGAAAAGUUUUAAAAUCGGAACUUUACACUGAAUUCAUUAUCGCCCAUAAAAUUUAUGUGGUAAAAAAUACUUAGGUAGGUUGCGCAUGAUGUCCGUCUUUUCUUCUUUUUUAAUCAGAAAAGUUUCGCCCACAUAGGUUUACUUUUGUAGGAUUGUAAGUUUGAAUAAGGAGAUUUGGAGAUGAUACUUACAUUUUUAGUUCUUAGCAAUAAACUGUUCCUACGUGGAACCAUUAACUAAAAUCCAACUGGGAACUCUGGAUUUUCAUACCUUAUUAAAAGCCAAAAUUGUUACUUGGUGGUAUCCAUCCGUCUAAUUUUCACAGACUAUAUAAACUGAGUUAUAUUCUGAAAACUGAUUUAGUGAAUCCAGUCAAAUAACCAUACUGUAGUUCAGAACCCUUAGUCUGGAAUUAUAUUUAUUAAAUAGGAUAAGUGUUAUUUACUUCCUAAUAGUUUUACUAGGGUAUUUGUCAAACAGAUCUAGAAAUGUAGUAUCACGAAAUACUUAAUCACUUAAAAUUUUAUCAUGCUAAAAGCACACAGAAUAAGAUUUUAAAAAGAAACUGGAAAAUACAAUGAUACUAUUUUGUGUUACUGUAGUCAUUACUUCGUUUGUUUACUUUCUCCAUCGAUAACUUGAUGAUUAGAGUGUCACUUGGUAGAGUAGCGACGUAUUGACAGGCUUCUCAUGAACUGUCAUAUCCACACUAUUAAAGGAACCACUAUAAACUCAGGGUUUCAAACAUUUCAGUUUUUCCCACGUUUAAUACACUGAUCGUUGAAGAAAUUAUUUAAUUUGUUUGUAUGAUUAUAUAUUAUUUGCUGCUUUUCUCUUUUUGUCAUUAACAGAUACUGAGAAUUCAUUCAACUCUAAUAAUUUUUGUUGAAAGUAUUUGCCGUACCAAAACUUUAUCAUUAUCUGGGAAAAUUUUAUAUUAUACUCGUUUAGUAGAUGUAAUUGUUCAGUGGCCAGAAUUGAAGACAAAAUAUCCAAGAUCAAUAUACUUAGGACUUUUAUCAUAAACUACUGCAUCCAAUCAUUCUUGUAAUCUGACUUGUAUCCAGAGGACUUCCCUUUUUAUAUUUAUAUGUGUUUUUUUUGUUCAAUGUGAUCAUUUUUUAAGAUUUGAAAUACAUUUUACAUUUGGUUAAAAUGAUUAUCACUGUUAGAUCCAAAACGGGAAAUCGUUGUACACCUGAAAAUCAACUAUUUUAUUUCAGAAACGAUAAUUAAAGUUUCUACACGUCUUGCUAUUAGUUCACGUCAAAUAAAGUCCACCGUCCCAAGUAUAAGAACGUUAGUAAAUGGAUACAAAUGCUUAAUUAAACAAGAUGAUGACU